AUGGCGGCGGUGGAGGAUCGUGAGAACUCGUUUACGGACGAAAACAACUGUUCCACAGUCCAGGAGCGACUCUCAAAGCGACACCAGGCCCGGCAAGAGGAGGCGGAGAGGCGCAAAGAGGAGAGGGACAGAGGCUCUCUCACGGAGGAGAAGAGGGACUACUUCAUCACGGAGUUUAGCAGAGAGAAGGCGGCUAUUGAGGCGUUGCUAUCUGCGCAGGAACUGGAGCAAGCUGCUAGUCAAACUGCGCUCUUACAGAAGUUUCUCAACGACAGCAUCCUGUUCCUGCCCUCGUACGACCUGCGACAGGCCCAGGCUGCGCUGCAGAAGCUCCACACGGCGAUAAACGACGCCAGGGGAGAGGCGAGACCCAAGAAGAAGUUCGCUUUCAAGGCGCGGACCAAAGCGACUGACGUUAAAGAUGUGACACACGCAAAUGCAGAUGCGACGCACGCAAAUGCAGAUGUGACAGAUGCAGUACAUGAAAGAAUAGAAACGGAACAAUGCACGUUUUCCAACUUAAGCGGCGUGACUGUGACCAUAACUGCGCAAGAGGUGUCCCAGCGGGAUGUGUUGCUGUCCCACCUGGAGGACUGCCGUGUGCGCCUGCAGGGGGCGCCGAGCUCUCUGCACCUGAAGCACCUGCAGCGCUGUGAGCUGCUGUGUGGUCCUGUGUCCAGCUCCGUGUUUGUGGACCACUGUGAGCAGAGUGUGUUGGUGUUGGCAUGUCAGCAGCUGCGGACACAUAACACCAAGGACACACAGGUGUACCUCCACGUGACCAGCAGAGCCAUCAUAGAGGAUUGCAGUGGGGUCUCUGUGGCUCCAUUCACCUGGUCUUACUCUGGUCUGGACCAGGACUGGACCGUCUCUGGUCUGGACCGAAACCGCAACAACUGGAACCAUGUGGAUGACUUUAACUGGCUCUCUACCACAGAGGCCUCCCCAAACUGGACUGUGAUCCCAGAGGAGGAGCGGAGGAGUGAGUGGGAGUAG